GGUUAAUAAGAAAGAGAAGACAAGUCCAGAAAUAAUCGCCGAGUUUGAAAUUACGCGGAUGCCUGUUCAAUUAAGAGCUACUACACUGCAGCAGCAGCAGCAGCAGCAGCAGCAGCAGCAGCAGCAGCAGCAGUAG